AUGGCUAGCAGUGGGUCGGACGCAGCUUUUGCGUAUCAUGAACCAAGUAUCUCCACUCUUCUCAAUCAGGGCGGAUUACUGGUGGUGUUGAACCUCAUCAAUGUCUGUCUUGAUAAACUACUGUACUGUGGACUGAUCGGUCAACUUUUCAUUGGUAUUCUCUGGGGAACCCCGGGGGCAAAAUGGCUGGAUACGGAGACUGAAAGAGUAAUCCAGCAACUGGGCUAUAUUGGCCUUAUUAUGCUGGUGUAUGAAGGUGGCCUCUCAACGUCAAUCAAAUCGAUGAGAGCCAACCUCCUUAUCUCGCUAUGCGUUGCACUCACUGGAAUUGGGGUCCCUAUGGCCUUGUCGUUCAUCUUAAUGAAGCUGGUUUCCGCGAGUCCUCUUCAGGCUUUCGCUGCAGGCGCGUCUCUCAGCGCAACCAGUCUUGGCACCACUUUUACCAUUCUAUCAACUACUAAUCUAAUCCCUACACGCCUUGGUACUGUCACUACAAGUGCUGCCAUGUUAGACGAUGUUGUGGGUCUUGUAAUGGUCCAAAUAAUCUCAAAUCUCGGUGGUGGUACGUCGUCGUUCAACGUCGUCACUGUGAUUCGACCCUUGUUUGUCUCCAUCGGCUUUGCAUUAGGUGUCUUUAUCCUGUGCGCAUUCUGCUUCAAGCCAAUCCUGAAAAGGGCUCUCAAUAUGAGGGGUAAUCUGCCACAAUUUAUGGGCACCAUGCAAUUUGCUUUCCUUGCGCAGACGUCUGUGCUGGUAGGGCUCGUGGCUGGUGCUACCUAUGCAGGAACCUCCAGCUUAUUCGCAGCGUAUCUUGCGGGAGUGAUCACUUCUUGGUUUGAUGGAUUGGCUGCUGAUAUAUGCGGUAUAAAUACUAAUAAGGCUCAUAAUAUGCCAGUGUCAGAGUCGGGGGUGCUAGGGGAGCAGACUACUUCUGAACAGUCCACAUCUCAGGAUCUUUCAAACAACAGUACUCCAGACACACGACAGACACAUCCGUGCAGACCACAUAUAAAGGUACCGACCGGUAUCGAAGUAUAUGAGAAGUACUACCGGGAGCCUGUGAAUCGCAUCCUGCUCCCAUUGUUCUUCGCCUCCAUCGGCUUUGCUAUACCUAUCACUAAGAUGUUCCGCGGAGAUGUUGUAUGGCGCGGUGUCAUUUACGCCAUUCUCAUGAUGAUUGGGAAGAUGGUCACCGGUCUAUGGCUCGUUCGUUUCUCACUACCUUCAGCAACUACUCUGAUCUCCAUCCUUGGGAGACCAUUAUCUUGGGCUCUUGUCUCGUGUGCCUCUCGUAAAACCGAGGACAAGAGAAAGAAGCAGUCAAAGAAGCAGGGUCCCCGUCCUAGAAUCCAAUCUGCAGUUCGUACAGAACAGUCCGAUCAGAAUACAAAUGCUACUAAUCUGGACCAGAACAGGAGAAAUUCUCCCAGUCCCAACCACAAUGAGCCUGUGUCUGGAACAGAACCUCAAAACCCGUCAGCAAGUCCCAGCAGAACCAUGUCUCUCCCUCCCAAACCGAAAUCGCUCUAUCCUCCGUUUAUCCUCGGGCUAGCAAUGGUUGCUCGAGGUGAAGUCGGGUACCUCAUUGCUUCCCUCGCAGAGAGUCAGGGGAUGUUUUCCAGCGGGUCCAAUGGCGAGAUUUCGGAGAUAUAUUUGGUGGUUAUUUGGGCAAUUUCGAUAUUUAAACGGGUGAAGAAGCUGCAACAGUCUCGGGAAUCAUUGGGCGCGGAUCCUUUGGGGGUUUGGGGAAUCUAA